CCGCUGCCGCUCGGCUCCCGCUCCCCUGCCGCUGCCGCCGCCAUGUCCGGCCUGGGCGCGGGCUCGGCCCCGGCCUGGGUUCCCACCCACGUCCAGGUGACGGUGCUGCGGGCGCGGGGGCUGCGCGCCAAGGCGGCGGCGGGCGGCGGCGGCAGCGAUGCGUACACCGUGAUGGCGCUGGGCCGCGACAAGUUCUCCACAUCGGUGGCGGAGCGGUGCCAGGGGCAGCCCCUGUGGCGGGAGGAGGCCACCUUCGAGCUGCCGCCGCCGCCGCGUCCCGCCGCCCUCCGCCUCACCGUGCUGCACCGCGCCCUCGUCGGCCUCGACAAGUUCCUGGGGCGGGCCGAGGUCGAUCUGGCCGCGCUGCGGGCAGCCGGCGGCCGGCGGCACACCAGGUGGUACAAGCUUCGCUCCAAGCCAGGCAAAAAGGAGAAGGAGAGAGGGGAGAUUGAAGUGGACAUCCAGUUCAUGAGGAGCAACAUGACUGCCAGCAUGUUUGAUCUGUCUGCCAAGGACAAGUCUCGCUCUGCUUUUGGCAAGCUGAAGGACAGGCUGAAGGGGAAGAGGGGCAGUGGCUUCUCCGACACGGCCUCGGCCAUCGUCCCCAGCAGCGCUCACUCCUCUGGCGACAGCGACGAGGAGGCAGUCGAGAAGGAAAAGAAGAAAUCCAAACUCAAAAGCUUGUUUUCCAAGCCUGGCCUGCAGAAGAACUCCCUCUCCCAGUCCAUGUCAGUCCUGCCCACACAGCAGCCUGUCACCCAGAGGGUUCUGCUCCGGCCCAGUGACUUCCAGUCGCAGUGGGACGAUGAGGAGUCCGAGCCCUCUGCUGCCUCAGACAAAGCCUGUGGAAGUGCCCUGGAAGGGAAGGCCUCUCCUUCUCCUGUACUUAAAUCUCGUAAAACAGCAACUCUGGACAGGCCCCUAAACCAAGGGGCCACUAACCACCCCAGGAAAGAAGGGCUCUCUCUCUUCAGUGGCCUGAAGUCCAAAGCUGACCCAGUGUCCAAGUCCAGCCUGUGUAUCAAUGGCAGCCACAUCUACAUGGAAGAGAGCAGGACAAAGGACAACACUCCAGCAUCCUCCCCCUCUCCUCGCAACUUCAGGAGGAAGCAGCUCUUUGCAUCAGAAGAGAACCUGUCUUCCAGAUCUGCUAAAGCACCUGAAGAGGCAGGAAGAACAUCUCCCAGUCAUGCUUUCUCUGGGUCUGCAUCCUUGGAGACCUUUAAAUCCAUGACCUUGCCAUCGUACAAACUACUUAGCAGCGAAGAGCACCUAGAACCCAGCGUCCCUCUGAGCGUGGAGGUCAUGAAAGAGACCAAGAAACCAGAGCACAGAAAGUCUGCCUUGCUCUCUCUGGUUACUGGAAAGAAGGAUGGAGUGAAGAGCAGUGAUACUGAGAAUAUCCCUGACAGGACCUUGCAGGAUGAGGCCAACAACAUUCCAGAAGAAAAGAGUGAGCAAGAGACUAAAGACUUAGAACUCACAGCAGAUGGAAGCAGAGGGAGUCCUCCAGGAGACUGGCACCAUGCAGAAGAUGUCUGUGCAAAGAAGCAGCCACUCAACCCCUUUGAGGAAGAGCAGAGGCCUGAGAAAGCUCCUGCACCCACAAAGACCAAAGCUGUCAAGCCCAGACUGGGCCUGCCUGCAGAGGAGGAAACCAAAGCCACACUUCCUACUCUUGCACCUGAAUCCCUUCCUGCUUUUCUGUCUGGACACUGUGUCAGGAGUGGCAACAAUCCUUUUGUUCCUAAAACAGGGCAGAAGGGCCAAGGGCCAGACCCUGGGAGCAGGCCUGGGGCUGCUGCAUCUCUCACCUCUCCUCCUGCUCUUGCUGCAGAGCUUUUCAGUGGCAAGAACCCCUUCACCCCAGAGUGGGGCAGGGCACCCUCAGCCCUGCUUCCUGAAGGUGGUGCUCAUUUCCCUUCAGCCCAGCAUCUUUCACCCCCUGUUCCCAAAGCAGCUCCUCCUGGGCAGGUCUCUGCUAGCACAAAUAAUCCUUUUGCUUCUGGAUGGGAGCAGAGCUCACGGGGCCAGGGGCCAGCUCCCCAAGCUGUGCCAGCUUCUGUCCCCUCUAAGUGUCACUUUAAUGGCAGCAAUCCCUUUGUGUCCAAGCUUGGGUGGGAAGCAGAUGUGCCAGGUUUCAAAGCUGUUGCUACAUCUCCCCCUCUCUGCCUUGCUGGUGGUGAAGGCUGUUCCCCUGAGCACCCUGCUGAGCUGGAGCACUCUGGUCGUGGUGCCGCAGGGAGCAAUGCAAAUGUGGCUUUAGCUGGUGGUGAUGUCAAAGCUGCACCAAACCCUCUGGGCACUCCUCCUGACAGCCCUGCUCUGGCUCCUGAGAAGCAGGUUGAGAGUUCUUUGGAAGGGAGCAAGCUAGGCAACAGGAAAUCUCUGUCCUUUGUCCCUCAUGGGUCAGAGGGAGUUACUUCAGGUGGGCAGGAAGGUGCAAAGCAGGACUUGGAUUUCAGUGAAAUGUUACUUAAGGGUUCAGGUGUGACAGGAGAGGGAGCAAGGUUUGCUCCAAGGCUGGAAGCAGGCUGCUGCCCACCAGUAAAACUCUCUAGAGACAGGGUAGGUCCCAUCCGGAGCUGUGAGACUGCUCUCCAGGCUGGUGCAAGUGCUGGACCCUGCACGAAGGAUGGUGAACAUUUUGGCUCUCCUGCCCAGUGCAGCAGCAGCCUCUCACCAGGGACUGGUGCCAUACAGCUGCCUUCCCCUGAGAGGGGGCUGGAGGAGGAGCAGGAGAUCUGUGGUGGAAAGAGAGGAGAAGAAUAUGCACCCAGAGAAACUCCCCUUGAUAAAGGUGACUCAUUUUCUCCAGCAGCUCCCCCCAGGCCAGCCCUGGGGGCUUGUGCUCUGUCCCCUCAGCAAGCUGAGGUCAGGAGGGCUGGCAGUGAGGUGCCAAAGCCAGCCCCACGCCUGUCUGUCACACUGAAGUGCCUGCCAGGUUCUCAGCCUGCUGAGUUAAGUGCUGCAGUGCCUUCUUCAGGCCGUGGUGUAAAACCUGCUGCUGGGCCCCCCUUACCUGAUGGCAAAGCCUCAGAUGCUGCUGAGUGCCUCCCCCAGGGCAGCUCAUCCAUGACUGGCACUGCAGCAGUGGUGCUCAGAGACCACAGCAGCAACAAGCACUCCAGAACUGAGGGUGAGGAUGGUUCAGGUGAUUGUGUCCCAAGGCUGAGGUCUGCUGUUCCCUCCGGGGGGGAGCGUGCCCUGAGGCUGGCCACUCUUCCUGUCAUUCUGGAGGGGGGCUCUGAUGAGGAGCUGCUGGGUGACUGUCAGGAGACCCCUGGGCUUGCUGCAGGGGAGAAGAACCUUCCAGAGACAGGAAAGCAGUCCCUAGGUGCAGUGCCUUUGCCUGAAGACCUGCACGAGCACUGCAGUAGCUCUGCUGCAGCCCAGAUAACCCCAGCUGAUCAGGGAGGAAGAGGAGGAAGUGCUGCUGGUGCUGUGGGUGUUGACAGUGCCAAGGGGCAGGUAGCUGACUCAGGCUUAGGUGUGAUGUCUCAUUCCAGGGAACAGGGCACUCCUUUGGAGGAACAAGAGCUGAAUAGAAGUGCAGUUGCUGAGCAAGACUUCUCUGAGCCCUCUGUUUCCUCUUCCUCCCUCUCAAGUCCUCCCCAGUCCUGCUUCUCCUCUCACCCUCUCCCCUCUGACACCCCAAAUCAUAGGGCAGAGUCUCCGCAAAAGCCAACAGCCGAGGGCUGCGCAGAUAAAGCAGGAGACUGUGGCAAGAAGAAGCUUCUCCAGGCCUGGGUUUCACCCUCUGACAUAUGCCCUAACCUAAGCCAGCAGAGUGGUGAAACCUCUGCUGCUAAGCACAGGCUCCAUCCUGUGAAGCCCAUGAAUGCCACAGCAAACAAACCCCAGAGUAAAACCCUGAAUGUCAUCAGCACCAUGAAUGAAAAGCUGCUGGAGAUGAACAUGAAGAAAUAUGAGCCCUCAGACCCUGCCUAUGCCUAUGCUCAGCUGACACACGAUGAGCUGAUCCAGCUGGUCCUGAAACAGAAGGAUACAAUUACCAGGAAGGAUGUGCAGGUGAGGGAGCUGGAGGACUACAUCGACAACCUGCUUGUCAGGGUCAUGGAGGAGACCCCAAACAUUCUGCGUGUCUCAACCUCUGGGAACAAGAAAGCUGGGAAGAUGUAAAAGCUUUGAGGGGCUGUUGGUUGGACAAAGGACUGAAUUCCUGCUGCUGGAGUUAGAUUCGUUAAGGAGAUGAUGUGAAGUAGGAGGUUACAGGUUGUGCUGCCCACAGAAAAUGACCUCUUUCCCUCUUUCUGCCUUGAGCAACUCUCAGUGUGAUUAGGAGUUACAUCAGCUCUUGCCUGUGCAGUCCACAGCUGGAGCCAGCUUAUUUAUUGUUUUGGUCCUUUCCAUUGCUUGGGAAGAUUUGUUCAGGCCUCUAAUCCAAAGGCAGGUGGGUGAAGGGUCUUUGAUGUGUUUUGCUUGCCAGCAAGGCACUGAUGGUCUUUUGUCCAGGUGGGCUGUUAGUAAUGGGUUUGUUCUGUAGCAGCUUGGGUAGCUCAAGCCCUCUUCAUUCCAUAGCUGGUGUUGUAGUGCAAUAUGAAAUCUGGUGCAGUAGAGCUUGAGGGGUUUGACUGUCUUUAAAAACCCCAACAGCUGGAGAAGUCCAAAGAGGAGUGGCCAGGCCAGGGCUGUGCUUUAAAAAGUAGCUGGUGCCCUACAAGUGGAGUCUAAGUUAAACCUUGGGUGGGAAAGAAGGAAGCCAAACUUAGGUCAUCUGCUGAAGUUGUCUCCAAGCUGCUCUCCAGGGGAGGUUUACAGGGGGUGGGUGUAGGAAGCACUGAGGUGUCCUGAUAUGUCUGCCAUAGGAAUGCUGGUGAGGAGUCUUAAAUCAGAAGCUGUUCUCUUAUGGACUUCAGAUUCCUGCCAGGGAUCCUGAUCCAGAUUCACAGGAGGGAGAUGGAGCUCCCCCCAGGUUCUGUGGUCUCCAGUGGGUGUGGAUGCCACAGUGCACCUGCCUGGCCUUUGUCUCUUGCUUCGGGGGAGCUCUGGGGUGAUUUGUGUGUCACAUCCGAGUUCCCUGGGGUCUGGAGCUGGCCUUGCCUUGGAGCGACCUCCAGAGGGGAUCAGUCUCACAACCUCUUCUUUCCUGUGUCCCUUAUGCAGCCAAGUGAGGAACCAAACCACCCUCCCCUGGGGACAGGAGCAGUCACUGCUCACAUCAGCUUUUCUUUGUGACUUGCUGCUCAGAAUGGAGGGAAAAUCUGUAGCUGGGAGAGUGAAUCUGCUGAAGGAUCCGAGUGUGGUAGCUGAAAGGGUGCUGGUUUUGCUGGGCAGUUGGCAGCUCCAUCUCCUUGCUUCGUGUGUGGCUGCUCUGCAGGGCUGCUCUCCCCACCUCAUCAGACAGCACAGCCCUGUCGAGCAGCCACCACAGCAGGCUUCUGGAAAGAGUUGUGUGCCUUUAUUUUGGGUGAGCUCUUGUCAAAGGGCAGAAAGCAAACAGCCUGCUGCCACUUGGCAUCUCUGGGAUUCCUCAGGGCUGGGAGAGUUGUUAAAGGCUUAGACAAAAACUGAGAUACUGAAGGAGCAGGUAGCAGAGAAGCAAAGCAAACACUCCUGCCUUGGCAUGUCAGAAGGGUCUCUUGGGUCACUCCUGGCUGAGCUUGGAAGUGAGGAGUUUCUAACUCAAUUUUCCUACAGCAAAGCACUUUACUGAGGGACUAAACCAGCUGGAUCGUCUCCCACCCUGCAGCAGGCUGCUUACUGCUUUCCUAAAUCACUGAGAACUGCUGGAGGCUUCUCCAGGACUCUCCUUCUGGAGCAAAGAGUAGUUUAAGAUAUUUCCCUGUCCCCCAGAGUGUUGUUAAUUACCUUUCUAGGACUCUUAACUACCAAAGUCUGGAGCUUUUCUGACAGCUGCCCUCCACGGGAGGCUGCAGCUGAAACAAGCCUUAAGCAUCAAGGAGUCUUCUGAGACUUCAGGUACUUCUUUUUCCUAAGGUUCUUUUAUUUGGGUGGAUGCUGCUGGUGAAGGAGCUGCUCCUGUCCUGCUCUGCCCUCUUCUGGGAAGGAAGGGUCUGAGAUGCAGAAGGAUCUUGGCAGCAUCCUCAGCUCUUGGCUGCUGGCUUGAAUUUCGAGCGGCUACCGGUUGGCCCUACUGAAAUCUGCUGCUGCUUUUUGUGCCUUGUAAUGAGGAAGAUGAAGGAUUGAUUUGCUUCCUCCUUGUGCCUUGGGUGGAUCUCUGGGAAGAUGUGGUUGCCUGUACCUCACUAACAGAUUUGUCUUUGGGACUUGAUGCUGAUGUUCUAGGUCAGAGCGUCAGGAAGAACUGCUUGUGCCUGCCUUUGAAUGGUGGCUUAGCAGGGCAGGAACUGGUGUUACUGGGAGCUGUUGUGACUGGAGAGCUGGGAAGCAAGGCUGAGCUCUUGCUUUGUGCUCAUUUGGAACUGAAAUGGGUGCUACUGAGGGGAGAGGCAAGGCUGAGCUCUUGCUUCCUACUCAUUUUGAACUGAAUGGGUACUGCUGAGGUGGGAAGCAAGGCUGAGCUCUUGCUUAGUGCUCAGUCAGAACUAAAGUGGAUACUGCUGAGGGGACAGGCAAGGCUGAGCUCUUCUUGCUCUUUUUCAACUGAAAUGGGUACUGCUGAGGUGGGAAGCAAGGCUGAGCUCUUGCUUCUUGCUCAUUUGGAACUGAAAUGGGUGCUGCUGAGGUGGGAAGCAAGGCUGAGCUCUUGCUUCUUGCUCAGUCAGAACUGAAGUGGGUACUACUGCCUCUGGCUGCUGAAGGCACCACAGUGCCCUGUGCCAUGCUCUGGCAGUGUGGCUGUGAGGCAGUUUGGGUGCUGUGCAUUCCAGAACAAAGCAAUAAUGUGCUGCUCUCCUUGAAUCAAAGCCUUACAACCUGGCACUCCCUCUCCUGGCAGCUCUUCUUUUGCCAGCUGCUGAGGUGAGCCAGGUUAUGUCUGGCAACCUGGAGCUGUUCUCUGCUGGUUGAAGGUGCUGAGCCUCCUGCCAGAGCAGCACAGGGGGUCCCAGUCCUGCUUUGUCCAGGCUUUGACUUCCUGGCUGUGAAAGCAUCUCACAAACCUUGUACCUCAGCCUUUUAUUGGCAGUACUACUGGAAGCCUUGCUGCAGAGCCCAGGGCUGGUGUCCGUGGCCAGCAGGGUGCUGCACCUGGACUGUAAGGGCCUGAAGAACCAAAUGUUUUAUUACUGAAGGAUCUGAAUGUAUCUGUGAGCUGUUUGUGCUCUCUGCUUUUAGCCUGGGUGCCUCUGUUUUUAAAUGCCUUUUGGUUUCCUGGAACACUAAAAUAAAAUCCCUUAAAUCCA